CACAACAUGCCAUGCUGUUGCCAGGCAACACUGCACUAUAAAGCAGCGUACCGCUUUUGGGCUCGCAGCAACAUCAGCAAGCACUUAUCUCAGGUGAACAAGAAAACUACCGCUUCAAGAGUUAUGCGUGAGUGUAUCUCCAUCCACGUCGGCCAGGCAGGAGCCCAGAUUGGCAAUGCAUGCUGGGAGUUGUACUGUCUUGAGCAUGGCAUCCAGCCAGAUGGCCAGAUGCCGAGUGACAAGACCAUCGGAGGAGGAGACGACUCUUUCAACACCUUCUUCAGUGAGACUGGAGCUGGAAAACAUGUUCCUAGAGCGGUCUUUGUGGACCUGGAGCCCACAGUCAUUGAUGAAGUGCGGACGGGAACCUACCGCCAGCUCUUCCAUCCAGAGCAGCUGAUUACAGGAAAAGAGGAUGCAGCCAACAACUACGCCCGUGGUCACUACACUAUUGGCAAGGAAAUCAUUGACCUGGUUCUCGACAGGGUUCGUAAACUGGCUGACCAGUGUACCGGCCUUCAAGGUUUUCUUAUCUUCCACUCCUUUGGAGGAGGAACCGGUUCUGGCUUCACCUCUCUGCUGAUGGAGCGUCUCUCAGUGGACUAUGGCAAGAAGUCCAAGCUGGAGUUUGCCAUCUAUCCGGCUCCUCAGGUGUCCACCGCUGUGGUGGAGCCAUACAACUCCAUCCUGACGACGCAUACCACCCUGGAGCACUCCGACUGUGCAUUCAUGGUGGACAAUGAAGCCAUUUAUGACAUCUGCAGGAGAAACCUGGACAUUGAACGUCCCACCUACACCAACCUUAAUAGGCUUAUUGGUCAAAUUGUCUCUUCCAUUACGGCCUCGCUUCGCUUUGACGGCGCCCUGAAUGUGGACCUGACAGAGUUCCAGACCAACCUGGUGCCCUACCCACGCAUCCACUUCCCCCUGGCAACUUACGCCCCCGUCAUCUCAGCAGAGAAAGCAUACCAUGAGCAGCUGUCUGUGGCGGAGAUCACCAACGCCUGCUUCGAGCCAGCCAAUCAGAUGGUAAAAUGCGACCCUCGCCACGGCAAGUACAUGGCGUGCUGCCUGCUGUACCGUGGUGACGUGGUGCCUAAAGAUGUCAACUCUGCCAUCGCCACCAUUAAAACCAAACGCACCAUCCAGUUUGUGGACUGGUGUCCCACUGGCUUCAAGGUGGGCAUCAAUUACCAGCCCCCCACUGUGGUUCCUGGAGGAGACUUGGCCAAGGUCCAGAGGGCCGUCUGCAUGCUGAGCAACACCACCGCCAUCGCUGAGGCCUGGGCCCGACUGGACCACAAGUUUGAUCUGAUGUAUGCCAAGAGGGCCUUUGUGCACUGGUACGUCGGCGAGGGGAUGGAAGAGGGAGAGUUCUCUGAGGCCAGAGAAGACAUGGCCGCCCUGGAGAAGGACUACGAGGAGGUGGGCACAGACACCAUUGGGGAUGAAGGAGAGGAAGAGGGGGAGGAGUAUUAACAGAAAUACCACCUUCCAAAAGCAACAAUCAAUAUUUACAAUUCUCUGGCUUCUCUUGUCGCUGUGAAGUAAAGUUUUUUUCAUUUAAAUAAUAUACGGAGUGGGACGCCAUCAGCAACUGUUAGACUGCUGUAAAAUGCGAUGUCAUGCUUGUUCUCUGCUCUCCAUAUGUAAGGCUGCACAAGAAACUCAAAACACAACACAAGGUGGACCGACAAGCCUGUUGCUGAACUUUCUGAUUCACAAGGUGCGCUUGUGUUUCCUUUCCAAUAAAAUCUUUCAAAGACACUACAUGAGGUUCCUGUCUUGAUGUUUUAAGCUUUGUAACUACAUUGGCAUCUUACAAAGAAGCUACUGUAUGUCCCAGGUGUCAUGCUCCGUAGUGCUGCUCUGCUGCCGCCUGUCUGCACUACCGGCUGCCUGGGAGGAGUCACCUGAACACACCUGCAGCCAAUUUCCUUUACUUUAGCAGCACUGUGAUGCCUACUCGUUGCCAUAUUGUUCCCUGCUUCUCGCCUCAUUCACGCUCACGCUCACCCUUGCCUCGUGUUUUCGCUUGAGCAUACUUUCUGGUCCUCCCGUGUCACUAGUGAGAAUAGUGUUCCUGCUUGGCUAUUCCAACAGUGGUAUUAUUUUUGUUGUACUGUGUUCCUUGUAUCUCCUGCUAGGUUUUCAGCACUGUCUUUUGUUUUCACAUAGCACAUUUUUCCUGCUUGGUUUUCAGCAGUGAUUUUUUGUUUCCUUUAUUUUCGCCAGCCUUAUUAUUUUCUAGUUUUUUCCCUGCUAUUUUCGUGUCUAGCAGCGACUUUAGUUUGUGUAGUAUUUUUCCCCAUGGCUCAGCCUGAUGGGUUUUGUUGUACUUUUUCCUUUUUGUGUUUUUGUAUUUUUUG